AUGUACGCCCCCGUCCCCAGUAUUCUCGCCGAAUCCUCCAAGGCUUCCGUGCGCAGCCGUAUACCCCCAAUACCGUUGAAGGACGCGAAAUUCACUCUCGAUGCAUCUGGCGUUGCUGGGUUUUUCGGAGGAGAUGAAGCUGUAUCGGCGAUGGCAACGGUGCACGUCUACCAGGGAAGGAAGUGGCUAGGGUGGUACAACUCGCCAGGAGCAUACGAGAUCUCGAAGCGCUACGGCCAGCUUGCCAACUCGAGGUUCUGGGACGGACUAUAUCCCGGGCCAAACACGGAUCCCGCUACACUCUUCGAGCUCAAUGGCCUGAAGGGCCCACCAUUUCGGUCAUUUCUAUCGGGGACGGUGCUUCCAGACUCUGGCCACCUAGGUGCGCUACUGAUGGCAGAAUGCGAGGAGCUUAAGAGCGUGGAGAUUCCGGGGAGACAGACGAAUGGUCCCAAGCAGCUCAUCUCGGUCGUAAAUCUGCACCACGUUCCGGAGAAUGAGAUGAAUCCGUCCCUACUCAAAAAACAUACACAGCUCUACGCCUCCUUCCCAAUCCUCGUUAGCGUCGCCGCCUGCGUGCUCAGUGGCCUUUUUCAAGACUGGUGGUGCUUCGCCAUGAUCCUGCUCGGAAUUUUGAGUAGCGGAUGGGCGUGUUGGGUAAUCGGCUCCGGUCGACUUACAUUCAUUCAUCCGAAGCCUGCGCCGGACUGUCCACCUGGGAAUGGGAUCCUGAAGGGCCGGACAGGGAUUAUUGUACUGAAGGGCGAGGAAGGUGCAGUAAACUCGGUUACCAGGGGUCGUUUCCUGUUGCAAUUUAGCAGCGAGCCCGAAUACCGCAACAUCGGCAUCGCGUCGCUGUUUUUGACGGUUCAGUUCGUCGCUCAACUUCUUCUCAUACCGCAAGGCACGCUGUUUGGCCAAAUCAUGUUCGUCGCCUCAUUGGCAGUUUCAUGGGGCUACAAUUCGUGGCUGUCUUCGCUCGACAAAGAGAGUAUUCAAAGGGAGAUUUUGAUGAAGAAGAUAUUGGACGAACCGGAAAUUCGAAGCUAUAGCAUCACUACACGAACAACCAUGGCUGUUCUCGUGUGCUUGUUCCUUCUGGAUUUUGAUCCACGGGAGGCUUCGCUAGAGACGGAGAGAAUCUCUCAAGUCGACACGCUCGCAUCGGAGAUCGAGAAAAAGCGAAACUUGCCAGCGUGGCAAGAUGGCCCAGAGACGGAAAAGCCACAAAGGAUAUCAUCGAAGGACGCGCAGAAGAUCUUGGAGGACCUUAUUCCAAAUGACACGGAGGUGUGGAGAAGAUUCAGACGUGGUAUUGCGGACCAGAUAGCAGAAGGGCGCGCAAGGUUCGAACUGCCCGAGCGCGAUUCGCAGGACCUGGUCGAGAAUGACGGAAAAUUGUUGAGAACGCUCUGGGGAGAUGCAGAGGCGGCGCGUGUUGGCUAUGCUGAGCAUGCCACGGAUCAAACGCAAUCAGCUGAGCGCCUGAGCGUUUAG